AUGGAAAACAAUACUGAGACCCAGUUCCCAAAGACUUUGGAACCCAGCAUUGUCCUGCCCCUGGACUCACAGGAGACAGAGAAACUCCUCACCAAGACCGAGGACAAAGAUGACAAGGCUAUGAAGGCAUCCAAGUCCUUCUCGGGGGCCAUGGAAAUGGAGCAGAAUGGUCACAGUCUGCCAUACAAAUCAGUGUCUGAGGGGCACCUGGAGGCCACCCCUCGUUCUCCUUCCAGGGUCAGCUCACGGAGGGCAUCCUCCAUUGCUACCACUUCCAAUGCCCAAGACCAGGAGAUGCCAAAGGAUUACCUCAUCUUGGCCAUCCUCACUUGUUUUUGCCCCGUAUGGCCUCUGAAUAUAGUGCCACUGAUCUUUUCUAUCAUGUCAAGAGGUAGCGUACAGCAGGGAGACCUGGAUGGGGCCAGGAGGCUGGGCCGCCUGGCAAGGCUGCUCAGCAUCGUCUGCAUCGUGCUGGGAAUCCUCAUCAUCGUCAUCUAUGUGUCUGUCAACUUCACAGGAGGCACCGACAUCAAUCUCUUCCUGGCAGGGGAAUGGAAGCCCAGAGACUCCAGGGCUCCAAGGGCAGAGCCAAAGGCCCAGCUGGCCUCCUGA